AUGUCUCAACCCACCUCAGAGGAUGAAAAGCCACCAACCGCCACUACAGAGACAAGCGUUGUAAAGAUGGAGACGCAUGAGUAUCCAUCCAAUCAGAUGCGAAUAGUCAUCAUGGGGUCGCUUUACUUGGCAAUCUUCUUGGUUACUCUGGAUUCCAACAUCAUUUCGACCGCUAUUCCCCGAAUUACAGACGAGUUCCAUUCUCUUAACGACGUAGGAUGGUAUGGCUCGGCAUAUUUACUUACCCAGUGCAGCUUCCAGCUCCUUAUGGGAAAAGUCUACAAAUACUAUCCUACAAAGCCACUGUUACUAGGCGGAAUUGUCCUCUUUGAAGUUGGUUCAGCCGUCUGUGGUGCAGCUCCCAGUUCAAAAGCAUUCAUUGUCGGCCGUGCAGUCGCAGGCCUGGGAGCUUCUGGCAUGUUUUCUGGUAUCAUGGUCGUCUUGUUCCAUACAAUUCCGCUGCAACAGAGACCAAUCUACCAAGGACUGUUCGGAGCUGUAUUUGCGAUUGCCUCUGUUGUUGGACCCGUGGUUGGAGGUACUUUCACCGACAAGGUAACUUGGAGAUGGUGCUUCUAUAUCAACCUGCCCAUAGGUGCGGUGUCACUUAUUGUCACUACUCUGAUCCUCCAUAUGCCGAAUCAGAAGCUUGAACCUCAAGCGAAAACAUUUCUCGGCAAAGUGCAGCAACUCGACCCGAUUGGCAACUUGGCUUUCUUCCCCGGCAUUAUCUGCUUGAUCCUGGCUCUGCAGUGGGGUGGCACUAAGUACGCUUGGGAUAAUGGCCGCAUCAUUGCCCUUUUCAUCAUCUGCGGAGUCUUUGUUUUGAUAUUCAUCGGUAUCCAAAUAUGGAAAGGAGAGGCUGCAACGGUCCCUCCUCGUAUCGUCAAGCAGCGCAGUAUCGCAGCCUCCCUCUGGUUCGGUUUCUGGAAUGGCGCCAGCAUGAUGAUAGUCACGUAUUAUCUUCCCAUCUGGUUUCAGGCAAUCAAGGGCGUCGACGCUAUUAAUUCUGGGCUCAUGUUGCUCCCCACCAUUCUUUCCGUGGUUGUUUCCUCGAUGUCAUCUGGCAUUGUCAUUUCGAAAAUAGGCUACUAUACCCCGUUUUUCAUUAUUAGCUCAGUCAUGAUGCCGAUUGGGGGAGGACUCUUAUCGACGCUUACCCCUGAAACUGGCCACUCCAAAUGGAUUGGCUAUCAGAUCAUCUUUGGGUUUGGGCUUGGAUUUGGCUCACAGCAACCCCUGAACGUUAUUCAGACUGUUCUAGACAGACCGGAUAUAGCGGUCGGGUCCGCGCUUGUCAUGUUUAUUCGUUUCUUGGGCUCGUCCAUCUUCUUACCAGUAGCACAAAACAUCUUCCUCAGCCACCUGGUUUCGAAGGUCGCCUCUAAUAUUCCAAAUAUUGACCCUAGCGAAGUGGCUAACGCGGGCGCCACGGACCUUAAGACUUUGGUUGCAGCGGGUGAUCUGAAGACGCUUCUUUCCGACUAUAACGACGCAAUUAUGGUUGUUUUCUAUUUGGUUGCUGGAACAUCUGCGGCAACUGUCUUUGGAAGCGCCUUAGUGGAAUGGCGCAGCUUGAAGGCUCGCGCCAAGAGUGACCAGGCGGGAGCGAACCCAGUCCAGGCGGACCCAGACGCCAAGCAAGAGGCUGUGGCAGAGCCGUAAACCAGGAUAAGUUUACGAAAAUGCUAGAUUCGAACUAUCAUUCAUUGACCAUAACUUUGGUUCAAUCGAGGCAACAACAGCGAGGAUGCAAUAUAGAUUGAACACGCAUAUAGACGAGAUACGCGAGAUAGCAUACUAUUCAUGUAUAUACUAG